GAUCUAUAAAUAAAUAACGUCAGUAUUUCAGAUCUUUAGAGAAAUAAAGCUUAAGGACACGAUUAGUUUACCCCCAAAGUAAGUCGAUUGGUAAAACCAGCUGAUUACAUUAAACUGGCUACUUUGGGGGACAGCGUUGCACGUGGGUACAACAGUCGUUUGCCCCUUAGCGAACCAAGAGUUUCAGCUUCAUUAAACAAUUACAAUUGAAUGUAACGUUAAAGUACAUCAUCACCACCAUAGCCGACAAGAGAAUCGUUUGGAAGGUAGCCUAAUUCCCUGCGAAAAUUGUACCGGCCCUAUACAGUCUAAAUUGGAUGUUGCUAGCUAGCGGUUUCACAUAGUCAAAACAACCUCACACCACAGCAGUUAGGCAUGUUCUCGGAGUAUCCUGAGGGUGAGGAGUACGAGGAUGACCUCUACUGUGACAGUGAUGAGGACUCUGGGCUCUCUGCAGACAGUGAUGUUGAAAGAUAUCUUUAUUCCCAGCUGCAUUAUGCAUCUUGCCCAACGGAUACAUCUCAGGCUUCCAUUUCAACGCCAAAGAUCCAACCUCAGGUGGCAGAGCCUCUGGUGGGGAAUAAAAAGCGCACACAACCACAACCUCGACCUCCAGAGGUCAUAGUCAUUGACUCUGGGUCUGAUAUCAUCCUAGGCUCAGAUGACGAUGGAAUCUGUUCUUAUAAAGGGUCAAGGGCACAUCUCCACCGGAAGACUCCAACCACCAUGAGAACAUCCUCCAGUGCAUCUGGUACAAGCUCUGCCUCCAAAGGCCUGAGCUCAAGGCCUGCGCAGGUAGUAGUGCUGGGAUCGGAUGACAGUUCAGAGGACAGCUCCGAGGGGGACUCUGAGCAGAGCUCCGAGAGAUCAGAGGACGCUGGCAGACAAAAAGGGAACAAAGCUGUUGAUUUAAGGUCUGAUUCAGACUCGGAUGAUUCAGACUCAGAUUCAGACGGACUGGAGAAAUGGAUGCUUCUGGGCCAGGACAACCAUAAUGAAGACCAAAGCAUUCAACUUAACGUGUCGGGAACUGAUGUUACAGAUGACCAGGAUAGUGCAGUUUGGACGAUUUCACAAAGAGACAAAUUGGCUCAGAUCUCAAAUAGCAGAGGAAACAGACUGGCUAGUAGGCCAGCCAAACGCUACUACACAGAGAAGAAUGUUGUCUGCAACAACUGCCAGUGCACUGGUCACUUGUCCAAGAGCUGUCCCAGACCACAGAAACUGCAUCCCUGUUUGCACUGUGGUCUCCUCGGGCACCUCUACCGAACCUGUCCCUCCGUGUACUGCAGAAACUGUGCCCUGCCGGGACACACUCCAGACGUCUGCCCUGAGCAGUCCUACUGGUUCAAGCACUGCCACCGCUGCAACAUGAAGGGCCACUUCCAAGAUGCCUGCCCACAGAUAUGGAGGCAGUUCCAUAUCACAACUCAUGCUGGUCCCCUGUGUAAACCUGCAGACCCACAGGCACACUCAACUACUCCCUACUGUUGCAACUGCUCCCAGAAGGGCCACUUUGGUUUCGAGUGCUCCCAGAGGCGGAUGUUUAGUGGGAUCUAUCCCAGCCUCCCAUUCACUGAUCACUAUGAUAGGCCUAAAGACUUUAAACGCCGUGACAACUUCCUAAAGAAGAAAGCCAAAGAUUUGGAGGAGGCUGGACUGCUUGUGUUGGGCCCUACCCAUGAAACAGAAGCUACAGGAUUCUCCUCACCCCUAUAUAAGAAACAGAAGACCCAUAACCACCCACAACACAAGAAUAAGUCUCCACACAAGAACUUUCAGCAGGGUAGCUCUAAACAGAAAAACCCUUACCUCGAAAGAACUAUACACAAGAAAAAUAAUCCGAAAACCUCUCUGAGCAUAAAACCUAAGCACCUCUUCUUUGGGAAGAACCGCACCCCGCGAGACAGAGACGCAGCCACAGCCCCAGCCCCAGCGUGCAACAACCAGACCAAGCCAAAGAAACAGAGGAAAGCCCAUAGGAAUGGCCUGCUGGAGGACGGGGAAGACUUUCCUCGGGGACCACGGGAUUGGACCCCCAACUACCCCGCCACGCUUUUCUCCAACUCCGCUGAGGGCAAUGCCUCUAAGAAAAAGAACAAGAGGAAACAGAAGGAGAAGAAGGCCUGGAAGGACAAACCUGCCAACAUGUACCCUGAAGACGAGAACCUGUUUUCAAUCAAACAGAGGAAAACCAAACGCACAAGAUAAACAUGCUUGUGUGUGUGUGUGUGUGUGUGUGUGUGUAUGAGUACUGCAGAGAAUCUUGGGUGUAUUGCAUCACCUCCUUUGCCUUGUUUCAGUGCCACUCAGCCAAACCUGUCUGCAUUAGAGCUCCCUCUGGUGGCUAGUCUACCAUUUUGUUGUCUUAAAUUUUGGCUGGCUGCAGAUUUGAAUUCCCUCUCUUCUGAAUCGUUGGUUUCGUUCAUUGCUGGCCACAAAUUUAAGGUAGAGAGAUGGAAGGCGGGAAUGAAAGUUAAAAAAAAAAAAAAAAAAGUCAUUUAGAGUUUUAGAAGUUCGGGCUUUGAUGUGCAUGAAUUUAGAAAGUCACAAAUAUUUUACAGUAAUUUCCAUCUCAGUAUUGCUCCAUAAUUAAGCAUCUGUAUUAAAAAACUUGAUUUAGA